GCGGAAGUAACUCGGAACUGUCAAGUGUCCGCUUUUCAGCCGAAUUUGUCCAGGAAGUAAUAAAAAUCCUGGUUGAAGAAAGCUUAACGAUGCCCGAGCAAGAUUUUUUUUUCUUUAUUUUUGCCUGUUCGGUCGGAGACGCGAGAUACCACUUCCAAUUCCCGAGGAACUGGAUGAAUGGAAGAAAGCCAGAAAUGGGUCCGAGCCGCUCCGGGACAGUCCAGGCCGCAUCCGGAGACGAGAGACAGCAGCAGCCAGACUGACAGCAAGGGGCAAGGUCAUGGGCCCCGGUUGUCCAAGGUAAACUUGUUUACCUUGCUGAGUUUGUGGAUGGAGCUGUUUCCUCAGGACCAGUGUGAAGAGGAUGAAAACGAUCAGGUCCGUGGGACGGGUCUGGUGGUGGUGCGAGACAGGAGGGUGGUGGGACUCCAUUGUUCGGGGGCUGACCUCCACGCAGGGCAGGCGGCCAUCAUCCAACACGGUGCCCGGCUCGCCGACUGUCAGCUGUACUUCUCUCGCAGGCCCUGCGCCACUUGUCUCAAGAUGAUCAUCAAUGCUGGAGUCAGCCAGAUCUCCUUCUGGCCCGGAGACCCCGAAGUCAGCGUGUUGGCGGCGUCCUCCUCCAGAGACCGCCCGCACUCCUCCGCCGUCACGGAGGAAGCGGCGCUGGACGCCGUGGCCGCAGAGAGGCUCAAGGCCAACAGCCGUCCGCACAUCGGCGUGCUGCUGCAGCCGCUGGCGCCCGGCCUGCUGCAGUUUGUGAACGAGUCGUCCAGAGACUGCGACUUCAUCGAGAAAAUGGCCGACGACGACCCGGGCCUGAACGCGGAGGACGUCUUCAACAGGGAGCGCAGGAGACACGCGGAGGAUUUCUCCAGACGCUUCCUGGUCGCCACCUGCCGGCAGCACCAGGAGAUCCUGACCCACAUGGGCCUGGAGAACUUCUGCGCGGAGCCGUACUUCACCAGCCUGAGGCACAACAUGAGGGAGCUGGUGGAGGUCCUGGCCGCCGUGGCCGCCCAGGUUCCUCAGCAGGACUACGGCUUCCACAGAGAGCAGCCGGCGGCUCCGCAUCCUCCCCGCCACGAGGAAGUGGCGCAAGACGUCGUUCGCCACUGCAUCAUCCAGGCGUGCCUGCUGGCCUACAGGACAGAGGAUCCUAAAGUGGGUGUCGGCACGGUGAUCUGGGCUAAAGGCCAGUCGCCGGGCUGCAGCGGGACGGGCCGCCUGGACCUGGUCGGCUGCGGGUACAACGCGUACCCGGCCGGCUCGCACUACGCCGAGUACCCCCAGAUGGACGCCAGACAGGAGGACAGGCAGCGGCGGAAAUACCGAUACAUCAUCCACGCAGAGCAGAACGCCCUCACUUUCAGGACGCGGGACGUCAAACCCGGAGAGCCCACCAUGCUGUUCGUGACCAAGUGUCCAUGCGACGAGUGCGUCCCACUGAUCAGAGGAGCCGGCGUCACCCACAUCUUCACCUCCGACCAGGACCGGGACAAAGACAAGGGAGACAUCUCCUACCGCAGAUUCAGCGGCCUGAAGAACAUCAGCAAGUUCGUAUGGCAGCGGACCCCCCGGCCUCACCUCACCAACGGCUCUGUGGGGAAGCACGGCAGGCAGAGCGAGCACGAGAGCCACGGCAGCAAGAAGCUGUGCACGCACAGGUCGACCGUCAGCUGAGCACACGGACUCACGCACACACACACACACACACACAUCCACAUGAAAGCAAAUAUACAAACACUUUGUGCUCAUGUUCUGCAGAUUUGAACUGCAUCAGCAUUUCAAAUCUGGGCCACAUUCAGUAUAAUUAAACAAACAAACCAAAAAAAAAAAAAAACCAGGUGCAUCAGAGAGAAA